AUGUGGAACCUUAUUUCAAUUAAUCCAAUCUGUUAAAGAAAGAAAAUCGUGAAUGAUCAAGAAAAAUUACUUUCUAAAUUAACGAAUACUAGGAGCAGAAUAGACACAUCUGCACCUUGGAGACCAUCUCAUUCACUUUCAAAAUGGAAUAACAAAUAUGCUCACGCUGAGGAGAAUAAGAUAGUUUAUGAAAAUAAUAUAUUGUUAAAUAAGAUGGUGAAUAUUUAGAAGUAAGGAAAUAAAAAUAUUUCAUCUAUGCCGCAAAUACCUAAGUCACAGUAAAUAACAAAGAGAGUAGAAAAAGAAAAACUGUAAAUGGAGAAUUUAUAACUACUGGACAGAUUGCAGACUGCUCAAGCUACAUACAAUAAACAGUUUUGGGUGCCAGAUGAUUAGAAGAAUCAAGCCUACAAAUAAUUGCAUAGACCGAAAAUACAGCAGCAUGAUUAUAAUGAAUUAGCAAGAAAGCAAUUAGGAUCAAGAUCAGCUGCAAGAUUUAAUGAAUAACAAGAUUCAUGA